AUGGAGAGGAUCCAACGACUUUUCAACACGGGGCCGGGACAAACUCCUGGAAUGGACAAUCCAACAGUUGACAAUGCGGAAAUGGUUUACAUUUCUUCGCUAGCACUACUUAAGAUGUUAAAGCACGGUCGCGCCGGAGUGCCAAUGGAAGUUAUGGGACUGAUGCUAGGAGAAUUCGUGGACGACUACACGGUUCGGGUAAUUGACGUGUUCGCCAUGCCUCAAAGUGGUACCGGUGUUUCGGUUGAGGCUGUCGAUCCCGUUUUUCAAACAAAGAUGUUGGAUAUGUUGAGGCAAACCGGACGCCCAGAGAUGGUGGUCGGCUGGUAUCACUCUCAUCCUGGAUUUGGAUGUUGGUUGUCCAGUGUUGAUAUCAAUACUCAACAGAGUUUCGAGGCAUUGAAUCAGAGGGCCGUGGCAGUGGUGGUGGAUCCCAUUCAGUCCGUUAAAGGGAAAGUGGUGAUUGAUGCCUUCCGUUUGAUCAACCCGCAGAUGCUCAUGCUCGGUCAAGAACCGCGUCAAACCACAUCAAAUAUCGGACAUCUCAACAAACCAAGCAUUCAGGCGUUGAUUCACGGACUGAAUCGUCACUAUUACUCUAUUGCGAUCAACUAUCGAAAGAACGAAUUGGAGCAAAAGAUGCUGCUCAAUUUGCACAAGAAAAAUUGGACCCACGGAUUGACAUUGACAAACUUCACCGAACACACAGAGAAUAACGAAAAAGCUGUAAAGUCAAUGCUUUCACUAGCCGAAGCCUACAACAAAUCGGUGCAAGAGGAAUCGACGAUGACUGCUGAUCAAUUGAAGACCCGUCAUGUAGGGAAACAAGAUCCAAAACGACAUUUGGAGGAAAGUGUGGAAGAAGUCAUGUCAAACAACAUUGUGAUGGCUCUAGGAACGAUGAUAGAUGCUGUCAGCUUCUAA